CCUAAGUUUAUUGCCCUUCAAAACUACAAAAAAAAUUGUUAUAAACCACUAGAGAUAUCAGAAAAAAAAAAAUUGUUGAUUUAAACAAAGCACAAAAUUAGGACAUAAUUAUGGCAGGAAAUGAGGAAUGGAGAAAGAUGGCAGAUACACACAAGAUGAGUCCAGAAGAAGUGACAAAAGCUGGAGUUGAGUCCUCUAGAAGACCACCAGGCCACAAUCCAGGUACUGUGCUACAUCAAAGAGGGCGUUUGCCUUAUAGCAUUACAACAAUGACUAUUGUCGGUUUAGCUAUCACAGGUGCUGUUUGGUACGGCACUAUGUAUGCAAUGAAGAAACCUGAAGCCAGUGCUGUUGACGUUGCCAAAGUUGCAACUGGAGUUAGUGACCCUGAAGAUACUCAUCCUCGCAAGUAGCUUAUAAAAGAAAAGAAAAAAAAAAGUUUAAUUAAAAACUCAUCUACUAGUGGUGCUUUGCCUUCAUGAAAUGUUAAUCACAUUUUGUGAUUUAAUUUUUCUACUUGUAAUUCUAGACCUGGUUCCGAUGGUUACAAGAAUAACUCGAUUUAACAUAAAUAAUACAUGGACUGCAUUUGUUUA